AUGGCACAUCGCUCAUCUGGGAUCCGAACUACCACAUGUUUACAAAGGAAAUGCAGAUUUUACAACCGAGCUUUUGCUCAAGUAUGGACACGAGAUGCCCUCGUUUUUAACUUGGCACUAUCGUAUUAUCAUGACUCCCAAUAUGCUGAAGCGAACUGGAAGCGGUUCUUUUCCACCGAGUACGGCUUCUGUUAUAUAUGUCUGGAGCCUCCUGUGGUCAUUGCCACGGGUGGGGCAGAUUUGGCAGCCUUUCGGAUACUGGCGAAAAUUCCUGCGGACGACGCCCACCCCGAUGUCAAUUCCUUGGGACUUGUUGUGGCGGCCAAUGAAAUGAAUGAGCUCCCUGAAUUGUCGAAUGCCGUUAUGUGCAUCACCGGUCUUAGUUGCGUCGACGGGGAAAAGAAGCCCAUCCAUACACGGAUUGGGUAG